CCAGAGCGGGGGACCGACCCCGUCGUCUCGCCUCACCGUCCUGUUUGGACAUCUCGCGCAAUUCACCACCCGGGUAAGUGAAGGGGGGAGUGAGAGAGGAGAGAGGAGCCAAGCCAGGAGUCAAAUCUUCUGAUCCGAGCGCACGCAAGGCCAGAGCUGCUGAGGAGUGAGGAGGAGGACGAGAGCGGGGGACGAGGCAUGGGGAGGCCGCCGUGCUGCGAGAAGGGCGGGGUGAAGAAGGGGCCGUGGACGCCGGAGGAGGACCUCGUUCUCGUCUCCUACGUGCAGGAGCACGGGCCCGGGAACUGGCGCGCCGUGCCCACCAACACCGGGCUGAUGCGGUGCAGCAAGAGCUGCCGGCUCCGGUGGACGAACUACCUCCGCCCCGGGAUCAAGCGCGGCAACUUCACCGACCAGGAGGAGAAGCUCAUCGUCCACCUCCAGGCCCUGCUCGGCAACCGGUGGGCCGCGAUUGCGUCGUACCUCCCGGAGCGGACAGACAACGACAUCAAGAACUACUGGAACACGCACCUCAAGAAGAAGCUCGACAAGAUGGGCGCCGGGGAAGGCGGCGGCGAAGGCGCCGAGGUGAAGAGCAGGUCUGCGGCGCCCAAGGGGCAGUGGGAGCGGCGGCUGCAGACGGACAUCCACACCGCGCGCCAGGCGCUCCGGGAGGCGCUGUCCCUGGAUCACCCCUCGCUGCCGUCCUCCAAGCCGCAGCCGCAGCCACCGGCGCCCACGGGGCAGGCGACGUACGCGUCCAGCACCGACAACAUCGCGCGGCUGCUGGAGGGGUGGAUGCGGCCCGGCGCCGGCGGGAAGACGUCCUCCGGGUCGAGGUGGUCAGCGUCAGUGGUCUCCGGCGGCGAGGGCGCGUCGGCGAGCCACAGCGGCACGGCGCCGACGCCGGAGGGAUCAACCGGGACGAGCUGCAAGGCGGACGUCGACGGCAGUGCGGCUGUCCCAGGGCCGGCGUUCUCGAUGCUGGAGAGCUGGCUGCUGGACGACGGCAUGGGGCACGGCGAGGCGGGGCUCAUGGGCGUGCCGCUGGCCGACCCUUGUGAGUUCUUCUAGAGAGCAGAAAAAAAAAUCGACUAGGCUGGAAGAAGAAAGAAGCCAGGAACUCGAAGCCCUGGAAAUCUAGAUCCGUCGAUGCAAAGCUGGUGUCGAUCUAAGUUUAGCUGGAUAAUCUAGUUCCUUGCUUCUUUUUUUUUUUGGGUUUUUGGUCUUAGGGUUUGGAACUGAUCAUGUAUACUAAUCCAUAGAUAACUGGUGGAUCGAUGGUGAUGUAGUAGUAGUAGUCAGUCCUGAAGUGGAUGAUGAUGAUGAUCCAUGAUGUGCAUGCAGGGAAACCAAAUAAUUGUACAUCCUAAGAGCAAUAAUCCGUAUAGAACUUAUAUGUCCUUGUGUUUUGAAUUUCUGUUGGUUUUCUAAAUAGAAGAGUAAUAUGAACU